AUGAAGGGCAGCGUGAUGAAGGCAUCGUUGAUUGCGCUCUCGGCGCUGGGCUUGGCGAGCGCGACGGCGAAGGAGGAAGUGCUGUUUACGAAGAGGCAUAUGAAACGUGGAUUGGACUGCGAUGGGAACUACAAUAUCUCCUUCUUCCAUAUCAAUGACGUGCACGCUCAUCUGGACGAGUUCAGCUCCUCGGGAACAGACUGUACCAACCCCGCCAGGGGCUGCUAUGGCGGUUACUCGCGCGUCAAGCACGUGAUCGAUACUCAGCGGCCCAACCACAACGACAGCCUCUGGCUGAAUGUGGGCGACGAAUUCCAGGGCACCCUGUUCUACAGCUACUACCGCGGAGAAAAGAUCGCGGAGACCAUGAACCAACUCGGCUUUGACGCCAUGACCUUGGGCAACCACGAGUUCGAUGGCGGCGACGAAGAGCUAGGCGCCUUCCUGCAGAACCUGACCAACAUCCCCAUCAUCUCCGCCAACAUCCAUUCAACUAAUGCGAUCUUGAACAAGACGAUUAAGCCCUACCACAUUUUCUGGGAGAAGGGCCUCGCGCUCAUCGGCGUGACGACCGAAGACACCGCCAGUAUCUCGAACCCCAGCAAUGGUACCACGUUUUCCAGUGCCGUGGAAGCAGUUCAAAAUGCCAUCGACGAGAUCAAAGCAACCACAAACAUCACCCGGAUCGCUGCCAUCACGCACAUCGGAUACGACAAAGACCAGGAACUCGCUGCGCAAACAAGCGGUCUGCAGCUCAUCAUGGGCGGCCACUCGCAUACUCUCCUCGGCAAUAUGACCGGCGCCGAAGGCUCCUACCCCACUAUCACCACGAACAAGGAUGGCGACGAGGUCUUCAUCGUGACAGCGUACCGCUGGGGCGAGUACGUCGGCUACAUCGACGUGACGUACGACGAGGCAGGCAAGAUCCUCGCGUACCACGGCGCGCCCAUCCACCUCACCAACACGACCAAGCAAGACGAAGGACUGCAGGCGCAAAUCGACGCGUGGCGCGGGCCCUUCGAGGAAUUCGCAAAGGAAGUCCUCGGCGUGUCGAACGUUGAACUCGACCAGACGACAUGCCAGCAGAAAGAAUGCUUGCUCGGCGACUUCAUGGCCGAUGCCAUGUACACCUACCGCAAGGAUGCAGGCGAGGACGUAGACUUCGCCAUCAUCAAUGCGGGCGGUAUCCGCGCGACCAUCGACACGGGAGACAUCACGCGCGGCGAGGUCUUGACUUCCUUCCCCUUCGGCAAUUCCAUCGUCGAGCUGACUAUCUCCGGUGCGGACCUGCGCAAGGUCCUCGAGGGUAUUGUCUCCGGAGUGUCGCAGACGAAUGGGAAAGAAGUCACGUCCUUCUUGCAGAUUUCGUCCUCUUUGCGCAUCACAUAUGAUCCUUCGCAAGCCGUGGGCAGCCAGCUCGUCUCCGCGAGUGUCAAUAACGCGACGCUCGACGACGCGGCUGAGUAUCGCUAUGUCACGCUCGACUUUAUCGCGGGCGGAGGCGACAAUUUCUUUGAGCCGACGAGCGAAUUCGUGACUUUGGACACGCAGGAUGAGGUGCUCGUGCAGUAUAUCACGAAGACCACGCCGGUGGACAUCGCGCUUGAUGGGAGGAUUGAGGCGGUUGGGGGGAGCGAGGCUGAGAAGAGGGCGAUCGGGAUUGCGGGAAGGAGGUGGGCGCAGAAAGAGUAG